AAUUAAAUAAUUAUUAUUUUUUUUAUUAUUUUUCUCUCACCACUGUAUUCACCUCUGUCACGGUCUAACCUCUCCAACCCCUCUCAUCUCUCUGCUUCAUCUCUCUGAAAACCCUAAUUCGGAGUCGCCGUUUGAUUUUUCAUCUCUGUGAGCGAUAAGGACCAGCGUGAACGUAGUCAGAACUCAUUUUAUCCAUGUAGAGGAAUAACUUGCUGGGUUGAAAAGCAAUUUAUUGGAAGAGGAUUGAUGGAGGCUAACAUUUGUGACAUAAACCACCUGGAUGCGGAUGUCCUUUUGCCUCCUCGAAAGCGACUCCUUGCUGGAUUGAAGAAACAGAGUUCUGAUGGGGAUGCCACUUUGCAUCCGUCUCCAAUUGCUAUGACUUCAAAUGAAUUUGAUGCCCGGCUGAACAAGCUGCUGAGCUCUCAUUUGAAAAACCCUAGUUUGACACCUGAGGAGAUCGUGGAAGCAUCAAGAUCAGCUGCCAAAGCUGCAGCUAAGGCAGCUGAGGCAGCAAGGGCUGCUGCUGAAGAGAAGGCUGCAAUAGCAGCAAAAGCAAUGGCUGCAGCCAAGAGUGCUUUAGAAUUGAUUGCUUCUGUUUCUGAAGAGACGUCCUCUAAGGAACGAUAUCUAAAGAAGAAUAAAUCAAAAAAGCAUGUCCCAGUUCAGCUCUUGUACAAAAAGCACCAACCAGUUGAGAACUACAGGACAGAUGAGGAAUUAGCCCGCAAGUUACAUCGUGCUAUGAACAGCUCUCCCAGAAUUUCAAAGAACUCUUCAACUGACUGGAAGAAUCAUAAACACAAGAAGCCUAAAAUCUUCCCUGCAGUUGAAAAAACCAGAGUUCCAAAUGGGGGUAUGGUAUUAGAAGGUAACUCACCUUCUACAUGCAAUGGGAGUAGUAUAGCCGGUGAUGCGGAUUCUCAAAACUCGGCCCGGGAGGUAUAUACUGUUAAAGUAGAUGAAAGAGCAUUACGAUCUCACAGAGCUGACCAAUUAGAAACAGAUAAUGGGGAAGCAGGUUGCUCGAAGGAGAAAAACUCAGAAGCACUGGAUCAUUUGAGUACCACUGUCCGAAAGAGGGGAAGAAUUAAGCUAAAAAAGUUGCCCUUAAGCAUUUGUACUAUUAGGGAUCGAGCAAACCCCAAGGAAGAGCUGAAAUCUAGAAGUGCCCCGAUGACUGAAGAGAACAUAUUCAAACCAACAGUCAAACCUACUGCAGGCAAUAUCCCUUUGUUUUCUGUGGGGCCUUCUGCAGGCAGUGUGAUGCCGGUUGAGGCAACAUCAAUGUGGAAAUGCCAAGAGUUCACAGCACCAGCAUGUGUGAAACAAAAUAAAGUUGUGCAGUCAUAAAGUUGAAAUCCUAUUAUGACUGGUGGCUACCAUGAUAGUUGAUAGCUGAGGUAGGAUCCAUAAUGCUUUUCCUAUGGAAUCGGCCCUGUUAAAUUUGUCUUUUUACUUGUCGUGGCAAUGUAAUGAAGUUGAACUGACUAUGAUGUAUAUUUACUGUUUUAAUUGCUUGCAUCCACACAUUACAUCUCAUGCAUUGCCUGUUGCCUUUUUGACAGCAAAUCUUGAAGUUGACAUAGGAUGAAGAGGAAUGCAAUAAAUGGGAAAGUACUUUGUUGAUA